GUCAGCCCAGCUCGGGGUAAACCACAGUGUGACAGCCCAGAAGGAUGGCGGAAGGGAAGGCGGGCAGUGCUGGUCUCUUUGCCAAGCAAGUACAGAAGAAAUUCAGCCGGGCCCAGGAGAAGGUGCUGCAAAAACUCGGGAAGACCGUGGAGACCAAAGAUGAGCAGUUUGAGCAGAGUGCGCACUGUUUCCAGAUACAACAGGCUGAAGGCCACAGGCUGUACAAGGAUCUCAAGACCUUCCUCAGUGCCGUGAAAGUCAUGCACGAGAGCUCCAAGAAAGUGUCGGAGACCCUGCAGGAGAUCUACAGCCCGGAAUGGGACGGGCACGGGGACCUGAAGGCCAUCGCAGAGAAUAACAACCUGCUGUGGGAAGACUAUGAGGAGAAGCUGGCUGACCAGGCUGUGCGCACCAUGGAGAAUUACAUCAGCCAGUUCGGCGAGGUCAAGGAACGGAUCGCCAAGCGUGGACGUAAGCUGGUGGACUACGACAGUGCCCGCCACCACCUGGAGUCCCUACAGAACGCCAAGAAGAAGGACGAUGCCAAGAUUGCCAAGGCCGAGGAGGAGUUCAACAAGGCCCAGGCUGUGUUCGAGGAGCUGAACCAGGAGUUGAGAGAUGACCUGCCCGAUCUGUACAGCAGCCGGAUCAGCUGCUACGUCACCAUUUUCCAGAACAUUUCCAACCUGCGAGAUGUUUUCUACCAGGAGAUGAGCAAGCUCAACCACAACCUGUACGACGUGAUGAGUAAACUGGAGAAGCAGCAUUCGAGCAAAGUCUUUGUGGUCAAGGGUGUCACCAAACGACGCUCUCUGGUCAUCUCGGCUCCGGUGAGGCAGUCCUCCGUCUCCGCCGCCUCCACAGAGGACAGCCCCGCCCCGACGCCCAAAACCCCCACGUCCUUCUCCCUGCGGAAUAACAGGGAGUCCGUGUCGGGGCCUGAGGAGGAGGAAGAGGAGGAGGAGGAGGAAGAGGAGGGGGACCCCAGCCCGGGCCCUGGGGAAAACGACAGUGAGGCUGGCCUUCAAGACGGGGAGGAGGCGGGGACCGGAGGAGGGGAAGAAGCCGCAGUCGGGGCAGAUUCUCCUGCCCGGGACGCCGGCGUCGGAGAGAAGCCGCGGCCGGCCCGGCCCACCUCGCUGCCGGGCGCCGGGGCCGCAGAGUCCCAGGCCCGGGGCCCGUGUUCCCCGACUCCGAGCCCGGCGGCCCGCCCGUCCUCCGCCCUGCUAUCUCCGGGGGGCGGCCCUGACGGAGGCGCACCGCCCGAGAGACCCCCACGCCUGCAGGCCCCGGCGCCCCCCUGCAGCCCCACUCCCAGUCCCGAGCCCCAGGCCCAACUCCAGGAGAGACAGGAAGCGGAGCCGUCUGGUCUGGACCAGGAGAGCCCCAGCCUGGGGGAGGAGAAGGAGGAGGAGAAGAUGGAGGAGUCCCACAUCUCCCCGGCAGAGCCCAGCCCGAGCCCUGCCGGUCUGCCCGCGGAGGUUGAGGCCCAGGGAGAGAGCGCGGAUCCCUCCCAGGAGGAAGACACUGGGAAGGCCCCAGGCAGCUCUGAGGAGGAGAAGAAGGAGGAAGUGGAGGAGGCCACGGUGGGAUGGGAGGCCGAGGCCCAGGCCACGGAACGGCAGCCGGAAAAUGGGGAGCCCAGCGGUCCGGGGGGGCGGUCUCCCAACUCCACCUCUCCCGAGUGAAUCGGGGAAUUGCGAGGAUUGGAUUCAUGAGCCACCGCCGUGUCCCCCGCGCUACGUGGCAUCCAGAGAGGGUGCCCCGGCACCUGAAGGAUGGACGCCUCUCCUUCUCCCCCUCUUUCUCUCUCUCUCCGGCCUCCCCCCCUCCCCCUCUCCCAUUUGGCCCCCUCUCCCACUUUCCUGCUCCUCUGGAGCCAGCCUGGCUCCGGGCCAGGGAGGGGAAGGUGCAUCUUCCCUCGCUGCCCGAGGUCACUGUUGAGUAACUUUCCAGCCAGAAACAGAGCGGGAGGCAAGACAGGGCCCCAGGACUCUGGUAUUAAAAGAUUGUGUGCCUUUC